CCCUUCGAAUAUGAAGAUCGAAAAGUCAAGCACUUCCGGGACAUUGUUUGCAGAUUGAAAAUGUGCGAGGUUGACACACAUUUUCUGCUAAUAUUAUGUAAACCCUAGAGAGUGCUAUCUCAGCUGUUACCUGUGAACUGAUACAAGUCAUGGAAUCAGGCAAAAUGCCUGGGGAAGGAAGUAAAAAUAAUGGCCAUGAUGCCGAUGUUGCAGUAAAAAGAUCAGGUCGCUGUAUCAAACGCAGUGCAAAAUAUGAUUCCGAUGAUUGUGAACCACAAGAGAAGACUUCUAUGAACUUUAAGCCAGUAAAGAGAUGCCCAACAAAAGGAUGUGCGGCAACCACACCAAUAUGUUUUGCCAAAUCCACAGAAAAGUGUUGCGGAAGUGGGUACACAUCACGCUGGUACCACAUGUCAUCAGGGGAACACUUCUGUAAUGAAUGCUUUGAACAUUUCUACAGAGGCCACAAAGAAGGGUACAACGCAUUUGCUGAUUGGAAGAUGGACUGGUCCACCUAUGGCCGAUCAGAACCCACCACUAAGGCGUUCAUGAGUGACAAGAUGCUACCAUAUUGGUUGCAGUGUAAUAAGCCUCCGUGCCGAAGAUGGCGCCAGAUGACACGUGACGCUCAAGUCACGUCAGACCUGGUGCGCAACUAUGUGUGUGGAAUGUCGCCUCUUGGUGUGAAGAAGGAAAAACAGUACCAGGCCUGUUCAGUACCUGAAGAUGAGCGGGUGCAGUUGUUGCGGAACCAGUCGUGGUACUGCCAGCUGACCUACCAGGUGUACCUGCACAGCUUCCCGGGGGUGGGGCUCCUGGCGGACAUGUUCCCAGACAGUGUGGGGCUCAGCUGUACAGACCCAAUCAUCAAGCAACUAAAGGCUAAACCAGUUGAUUUUGCCGAUUGUUCGGACUACGCCCGGCCAUUCUCCCACCCGGAGGAGCCCCAGCAUGCCCUGAGUUUCCAUGCUAGUAUUAUGGAGAAUGAUGAGAUCGAUGAAUUCCCGGUCAUGGCAAACGAACACUCCAUCCUGUACCUGGCUCUCAGAAACUUUGUCAUGGUUCAGUGGGCCCGGAACACCAAGGAAUGGCUGACAGUGGAUAAGAUUGUUCCUGACCUCAUCUGCCGUGGCAUCACACGUAUCCGAUGUGUGGAGGAUCUGGAUCGUAUCAUCUGGUACCUCACGCGGAAAGGUUUCAUCAACACAGGUCUCCUGUCACCCCCAACAGACCUCAAACCUCAGACCAAGCUGCAGAAGGAGGUGUUAAUCAUUGGAGGCGGAAUGAGUGGACUGGCAGCAGCAAGAGCUCUCAAGAACUACGGUUGUAAGGCAGUGGUAUUGGAAUCCCAGAACCGCCUGGGAGGGAGGGUCCAUGACGACACAAGUCUUGGAGUGGUGGUCGGUCAAGGGGCACAACUCUUGGCAGGAUGCUACAACAACCCUGUGGCCAUAAUGUGCAGUCAGGCUGGGAUGGAGCUGACGCCAGUGAGGGAACAUUGUCCACUCAUCACAGAGGAUGGGCAUGUCGUUACAGAGGAUGUUGAUCGCAGAAUUGACUUCCAUUUCAAUGCAAUGCUGGAUAUCAUUGCUGAGUGGAGAAAGAACAAGGACAUCACAGCUGAUGUCAGCCUGUUCGAAAAAUUCUAUGAGAUGCAUCAACAAUUUGUGGAUGAGUCCCAGAUCAUGUUCACAAAGCAAGAAGAGCAGGUGCUCCAGUUCCACAUAAGCAACCUGGAGUAUGCCUGUGGCGGCUCUCUCAACAAUGUAUCUGCUCUCUCCUGGGAUCAGAAUGAGGCUCUGCCCCAGUUUGCCGGAUCUCAUAUCUUUGUCAAGGGAGGUUACUCUCAAGUGCUAAAUAAGAUGGCAGAAGGGCUUGAUGUUCGGUUAAACCAUCAUGUGUCUAAGAUUGACUUCAGUUCCGAUCCAGUUGUUGUGACCACUACCUCAGGUCAGGUCUUCCAGUCUAAAGCAGUGAUAAUGUCAGUCCCCCUGUCUACUCUGAAGAAUCAUAAGAUACAGUUCCAGCCACACCUGCCCGAGAGGAAACUGAAGGCCGUCAUUGCACUGGGGGCUGGGCUCGUGGAGAAGGUUGCGUUGAAAUUUGACAAGAAAUUCUGGAACAAGAAAACCAAAGGUGAAGAUUUCUUCGGCCAUGUUCCUCCCCAUGAGUCAAAGCGAGGCCUGUUCAGCACCUUCUAUGACCUGUCUACCUCAAAGACUCCUGAUUGUAAAACUAACAUCCUAGUGACACACAUCACAGGGGAUGCUCUCACCCUGAUAGAGGGGAAGAAAGAUGCUGAGAUUGUCAAGAUGUGUGUUGCAGUGCUGAGGAAGCUCUUUCCUGAAGAGAGUGUCCCGGAGCCGAGCCAGUCGUUUGUGACUCACUGGAGGGACCCCUCCAACACAGGCAUGGUGUACAGCUAUCUGCCUGUUGGACGAGAAGGCGCUGUCUACGAUGCUCUUGCAGAGGAUGUGGAAAAGAAGAUAUUCUUUUGUGGGGAGGCAACAAACCGCCAGUUCCCACAAACCGUGACAGGAGCUUAUUUGAGUGGAAUCAGGGAAGCAGAAAAAGUUCUCAUGCAGAUGAUCUCAUGACAUCGAUAGUGACCACUUAUGAUGAACAUCUUGGUCAUGUGACUUUUUCAUCCAAUUGGAUUUUCAUGUGUAUGGCAUGAUCUUCAUUAACCAAUCAAAGAUCAAAACUUGAUGAUCAGCUGAUUUGGAUGACCAGUCAGAUGUGUUGCUGAGGAUGAUGUAUAUGUAGCUUAGUAGAUACAUCAGUAUAGCAUUUGGUACAUAUCUAGUGUGGAUAUUUGUUCACUGGUCACAACAUGCUGGGGUAUUGCCUGUAAGAUGGACAUUGUAUACAUUUGUAUUCAUAUACCGGUCAUUCUAUUUUUGUAAUGCAGAGUUGAUGUGAAGUGGUAGAUCUGAAUGAAGUGCUACAAUGAAGUGUUGUGAGCUGCAGAAGUAGCUGAUAGACUUGAGCCAUGUAGUGCCGAAAAGACCAUUGUUUGAAGAAACAGCUGAAUCAGCAGAAUUACUGAUCAUUGAAUAAGUGAUCCUAAACUGUGAAUGGAUCAACAUCCUUCAGCUGUAAUUGUGUAUAAUGUGGAUUGAUACUUCCUUAGAAAUCAGAUUGUUGGACUAUACACGAUUCCAUUGUUUGAGAAAUUUUCAGGAAGGAAAAUAGAAGACGUGAAAAAUCUGAAUGUUUCUCUGAAGUAUGGCGAUGUUUGUACUGUGUAUAAACACAUAUACUGAAAUAUUUUGUGAAGCUGUGCAACAGAAGACGAAUCAAAUAUGAAUAA